AUGAAGCUGUCCGAUCUCGCGUCUUGGGCUAUACUGGCUGUUGCUGUAUCGACUACACCAACUCCGACGAACCCUGAAGGUCAUUUUUUGAACAAGAGAGCUGCCAUCACAGAUGCAGCAAACAUUGGCUAUGCCACGCAAAAUGGCGGAACGAAGGGUGGCGCUGGAGGAACCUCAACCACUGUAACGAACCUUGCUCAGCUCUCCGCUGCAGCCAAUGCAUCCGGUCCAGGAAUUAUCAUCGUCUCAGGCAACAUUGUCGGCAAGGCUUUAGUACAGGUUGGCUCUGACAAGACCAUCGUGGGAAAGACAGGCAGUUCUCUCGAGGGCAUCGGCCUCACCAUCCUCGGUCAAAAGAACGUCAUCGUCCGCAACAUGAAGAUCAGCAAGGUGGAGGCAGACUACGGCGAUGCCAUCACCAUCCAGCUUUCGAAAAAUGUAUGGGUCGACCACUGCGAUCUGUCCGCCACCCGCGACGGCGACAAGGACUUUUACGAUGGGUUGACCGACCUGUCUCAUGCUGCAGACUGGGUCACCAUCUCUCACACAUACUUCCACGACCACUCCAAGGGCUCUCUCGUCGGUCACUCUGACAACAACGCCGCCGAGGAUACCGGGACUCUCCACGUGACCUAUGCUAAUAAUCACUUCUACAACGUCCGCAGCCGUGGUCCCCUUUUGCGAUUUGGGACUGCCCACAUCUACAACCAGUUCUACAACACCAUGGAUACUGGCCUCAAUACCCGCAUGGGGGCACAAGCCCUCAUUCAGAGCUCCGUCUUUGAGAAUGUUGGGAAGAAGGCCAUCUUUAGCGAAUCAAGCAAGCAGAUUGGGUACGCCGUCGCUAUUGAUGUUGUGCUUGGUGGUGAAAGCCAAAACACUGCAUCAGUUGGCAAGCUGACUGCCAGCAGCCCGCCUUACUCGUAUUCUCUUCUCGGCUCUGCCAAUGUGAAAGCUGCUGUGACCAAGGAGGCGGGACAAACUCUUGGAUUCUGA